AUGCCUCCUAGAAAGAGCACAUCCGCUGCGCCGAAGAAGCCAGCUGCGAAGGCUUCGACGGAGACCAAGACCACUGGUCGGACCAAAAGGACCGUCACAGAGACCACCAAAACCGUGAAGGAAUCCAAGUCGCGCAAAAUGUCCACUGCUACCACGGAGACGACAAAGGCGACAAAGAAGCGCAAGGCCGAUGACGAUGAGGAGCCCAGUGAAACAAAAAAACCUCGCGUCACACAACCCCGUCAACUGAAGGCGACAAGGGCGACGAAGCCGAAGCCCAAGGUGGUCAUCAAUGAGGCUCCGAAGACCAAGCUGAAUGUGUUUGUCUGCGGUGAAGGCAGCUCUGGAGAGCUUGGUUUGGGUGCGGCAAAGAAUGUCAUCGAUGUCAAGCGUCCCCGUUUGAACAAGCUUCUUGGUGCUGAGGAAGUUGGUGUCGUGCAGGUUGCUGUUGGCGGUAUGCACUGCCUUGCCCUCACUCAUGACAACAAGAUUCUGAGCUGGGGUGUGAACGACCAGGGAGCUUUGGGAAGAAACACCGCGUGGGACGGCGGCUACAAGGACAUGGAUGCCAGCGACUCUGAUUCGGACGACGACGACAGCGGCCUGAACCCUCAUGAGUCCACGCCCACUGCUAUUCCUGCCAGCGCCUUCCCCGAGGGAACUGUUUUUGUGGAAGUCGCCGCUGCUGAUAGCUCGAGUUUUGCCUUGACCGAUGAUGGUCUGGUCUACGGUUGGGGUACCUUCCGAAGCAACGAUGGAAUCCUCGGAUUCGACGCCACUCACCACGUCCAAAUGACUCCCCUCCAUAUCUCGUCUUUGAAGAAGAUCACGCACUUGAGCUGCGGAUCCAACCACGUACUGGCACUUGGCGACCAAGGUCGUGUUUUCUCCUGGGGCUCAGGACAACAGAACCAGCUGGGCCGUCGUAUUGUUGAGCGUAACAGGCUGAACGGUCUGCAGCCUCGCGAGUUCGGGUUGCCCAAGAACAUUGUCCAUAUCGGUAGUGGCUGCUACCACUCAUUCGCAGUUCACACGUCUGGCAAAGUCUUUGCAUGGGGGCUUAACAGCUUUGGCGCAACGGCUAUCCGCGAAGGUGCUGGUGAUUCCGAGGCUGCCAUCGUGCAUCCUACUCUCGUUGAAUCGCUUUCGGGAAGAAAUGUCACUCAAAUUUGCGGUGGCUCUCAUCACUCACUUGCCAGAACAGCUGAUGGCGAGUGCUUGGUAUGGGGUCGUUUGGACGGCUUCCAAAGCGGCAUGAAGGUCGACACGCUUUCCAGCGAGUCUACUAUCAAGGAUGAGCGAGGUCACCCUCGCAUUCUGAUUGAGCCCACCCCCAUCCCCGGAAUCAAAGCUAAGACGGUUGCUGCGAACUCGGACCACUCACUUGCCAUCGAUGCCGAAGGCCGUGCCUGGUCGUGGGGAUUCUCCGCGACCUAUGCCACCGGCCAAGGUACUCAAGAUGACAUUGAGGUGGCCACAAUUAUUGACAACACUGCUGUUCGGGGCAAGCAGCUGAACUGGGCGGGUGCCGGUGGCCAGUUUUCCGUAUUCACAGAAGCCGUUAGUGCGUGA